GGGGCGUGGCCGCCGUGGCUUCCGAGGUCGGUCGUUCGCGACCCGAGGCAUGGCAGUCGCCAGUCCCCCGGAGGUGGUUCGCGCCGCCCAGAAGGACGACUAUUACCGCGGCGGGCUGCGGAGCGCGGCUGGCGGCGCCCUGCACAGCCUGGCCGGUGCGAGGAAGUGGCUGGAAUGGAGGAAAGAGAUCGAGCUGCUCUGCGACCUAGCCUACUUUAGCCUCACCACGCUGGCAGGCUACCAGACCCUCGGGGAGGAGUAUGUCGGCCUAGUCCAGGUGGACCCCUCCCGGCGCCAGGUACCCUCGUGGCUCCGCCGCAGCAUGCUCAUCGUGCUGCACACCGUCCUGCCUUACAUGCUGGACAAGGCACUGCUCCACCUGGAGCAUGAGCUGCAGGCCGAUGGUGGCGUAGGGCCUGGCGUGCGCAGCCGGGCAGGUGUGCGGCUCUGGGUGCACCGGCAUGCAGCCCGCCUGAGUGAGCAGCAACGGAGGGCCCUCCUGCAGGUACUGCACGUCUUCUCAAGGGGCCUCGCCUGCCUGCGGCAGCUCCACAUCGCCUGGUUCUACAUCAGUGGCACCUUCUACCACCUCGCCAAGAGGCUCACAGGCAUCACUUACCUCCGCACCCGCCACCUGCCCGGAGAGGAGCUCAGGGCUCGCGCCACCUACAAGCUGCUGGGGGCCAUCUCCCUGCUGCACCUGUUGCUCUCCGUCGGGGUCCAGCUGUACAGCUUCAAGCAGAGGCAGCGGGCGAGGAAGGAGUGGAAGCUGCACCGCCACCUGUCCUACUGCAGGAGCCACACAGAAGAGCGGGCCACCCCCAGAAGCCCCCUGUGCACGCUGUGCCUGGAGGAGCGCCGGCACGCAACAGCCACACCCUGCGGGCACCUCUUCUGCUGGGAGUGCAUCACCGAGUGGUGCAACACCAAGACAGAGUGCCCCCUCUGUAGGGAGAAGUUCCCACCCCAGAAGCUGGUUUACCUGCGGCACUACCACUAGUCCUGGAAGCCCAGUGAGGGCUGGAAGCGCCCAGAGGAACCAGGAUGUCGUCUUCAGUGUCAGGAGGGAAAAACAUCUUCUCAAGAUCAACUUUACUCACACAGAAACGAUAAAAUUCUAA